AUGGAGCUGGACCGAAUGAACCUCUACCUCUGCAACCUUCCGCCGGGGCUGAGCGAGGAGCAGCUGAUGGGCAUGGUCAGGGAGUUCGGGCGGGUCGUCUCAGUCAAGAUCCUCAGAGAUGAGCGGCUCGAUAGCAAGGGCGUUGGAGCAAAGAGCCCAUUGGCUGUUCGAUUCGCGAGGAAGCCGAACAAAAGCCUCCUUAGGUAUCGAGACCGGGUGUGGACCAUCAAGCUGCCGGAGCCCCAAGUCCCUCCCGAUUGCGUGGGAGGAAGAAGACGAGACAUCGUAGGCGGGAAGGAGAGCGAGCCCGUCAAGUCCUUCUCCCCCUACCACAAGGAAGAGGCGAAGAAGAAGAUGAAAAGAGGGGACAAACGCCAUCGACAGGACCUGAUGCUUCGAGUGACGAGAGCAGCGUGCAGGCAGCUGUGGAGCCUCCAGACGGCCUGGCGUCUGUGGCGGCCGGGUCCGACCCGCCUCGCGUUCGAUCGCAGGCCGCCUCGGCACCGAGUCCCGCCGCGGAAAUGGUUUUUUCAUCCGCGCAACAUUUACGGGGGUGGAGAGUCGCCUCUUCUUUCCCCACCAAUUCGCUAUCAUUCGUACACUGUCGUCUAUGCAAAGAAUCUCACAGCAUUCAUGGCGGCGUACGCAGGUCGUCCGAGCCAGUGGCGUAGCGAGGAUUUCGCCAAAGGUUGUCUCAUAGGCUCAGGCCGAGCAUUCGGUCCAUUGCUUGCAGAGGCGUCAUUUCUGGAUCAUGCUCGCUACUUCGGGAGUCGCUUCCUCGAAUUCGUAAAAGUGGCCUUGGAAUUCACGGCCGUCAUCAAUGACGCAGUGGAAGAAGACUGUCUCUUCAAAUGUCCCAAAGGUAUGAAGGCUAUGGCAAGAACUGAAUACAAGCCUAAUGUGAAUGGUUGUGGUUCCUAUGGAUUGAUGGUGUCAGGAGAAAGCCUGCCUGUCUCAGGGAUGGAGGAAUGUUGCAAUGCUCAUGAUUUAUGUUAUGACACAUGUGGCAGCGACAAGGACCAAUGUGACCUUUCUUUCAAACGGUGUCUAUAUAAAUGCUGUGAUGAUGUUAAUGAGGAGCUCAGCCUCAUUCAGCUUCAAGCCUGCAAGGCUGCAGCUAAGGUGUUGUUCACUGGCACAACAUUUGUUGGAUGCAAGGCCUUCCAAGAUUCUCAGAAUCUUGCCUGCACAUGUGUUCACAGAAAGGAGGAAUUUUGAUGCUACCAUCACUAUUUUAUAUAUCUGAUCUGUUCAAUGCUGCAAAUUCGUCUGUUUUCAGAAUAUCUUGAAUGAAGAGUAUUAUGACUAAA